UUACCAUGUAGAAACAUGGUCUUUGUUGCUUCUAUUCAUUCUUUGGACUAUUUCAAAAUAGCUUUGGAUAAGAAGGAUGAAGAAGAAGCUGAAGAAGAAAGUGAUGAUGAGGACCUUGCUGAUGGAGAUGAGGAUGAAUCUGACUUGGAUUUAGCAUGGAAGAUGCUAGAUAUUGCUAGGGCAAUUGUUGAAAAGCACCCAGGAGAUAUGAUGGAAAAGGUGGAUAUAUUGUCAGCUUUAGCAGAGGUAGCUCUGGAAAGAGAGGAUGUCGAAACGUCACUUAGUGACUACUUGAAAGCAUUGUCCAUUUUGGAACGGCUAGUUGAACCAGACAGUCGACUUAUAGCUGAACUAAAUUUUAGGAUAUGCUUGUGCUUGGAAAUUGGUUCUAAACCUGAGGAAGCUAUUCCGUAUUGCCAAAAGGCUAUUUCAGUUUGCAAGUCUCGUGUGCAGCGACUUAUGAAUGAGGUAAAAAACUUGUCAGCAGAAACACUGGCUGCUUCUGAAUCAAGCCAAACUAUUCAACUGUCUUCCAAUACGUUGGGUGAUUCUCUGGCGGACAAAGAAACAGAAAUCGAAACACUUGCUGGUCUGUCUGGUGAGCUGGAAAAGAAGCUUGAAGAUCUUCAUCAGCUUGUCUCAAACCCAACGUCUAUCCUCUCAGCUAUCCUGGGAAUGGUAUCAGCAAAGGCGAGGGAUGCUGAGAAAAAUGCUCGUUCUAUUGCUUCGGGCACCUCACGGACGGGCAUUGCUAACAUUGGUGGAUCUAUUGAGUCUUCAACCGUUUCUACUGCACAAACGGAUGAGUCUGCUACAGUAACACAUCUGGGAGUUGUGGGAAGAGGAGUCAAGCGAGUUGUGAUGAACUCAGGCACGGAAGAGUCUAGCGCAUCCAAGAAACCUUGUGUUGAUCCAUCACCAAACAAUGGCGACGGCAGUGCCUCUUGAAUAAUUCUCCAAGUGAAAGUCUGCUUUAGGAAAUUUCGCCAUCGACUGAUUAAUAUAUUUCUCCAAGAGCU